AUGAUAGAGUGCUACGAAUUCAGUGUUGUCUUUGAAAUAAGAUUCUUCCUCUUUCAGGAUGCCAUCAAGCAACUUCUGUCUACCUACUGGAAUAAGAAUCUCACUGUACUUUUUGCAGAGCACUCUUUACCUGUAAACCUGGCCGCGCAGGACUCGUACCUGCAGCGCUUGGCGAGCCGCGUGUGCCCGCAGCGCGGCCCCGAGCCGCCCAAGAGGAAACGCGAAUGGAAGCCAGGCCAGCCUGAAGAUGCCGGCAAGCAGCACAAGAAAAAGAGGAGGAAGAGGCCUAGAAACCAAGAUGAGAAGGCGAAUGGUCCUCCAGUUAAGCGGCUGGCAUCCAACAAAGCUGCCCCCGCGCAGAAAGCAGCCGCUCAGCCCAGCACGUCAUCCCCACAAGGGGUUAAGCAGAGCAAAAAUGAGAGCUCGGUUACAGAUAGCCAAAGUCAAGUCAAUUCACCUUCUUUUUCUGCAAUGAACCUCUUGCGUCAGAGGCUACAUGAGAAGAUUAAAAAAGCUUCUGGUCAAGAUGAUGCCAAAGAGUUAUCCCCUGCUGUCUUGGAGAAGAGGCGUAGAAGGAAAUACGAGAAAGAGAGGAAGAAGCGUCGAAGAAAAGAGCUGAAGAUGAAGGAGAAAAUGGAGAAGAAGGCAACAGAGGCCACAAAGCCUGUAGAGCCGCAAAGCAAAAAAGAGGAGAGCACAAGCACAGCUGAGAUUAUCUUUAGCAAGGUUGAAGUCCAUGAAGAGAAUGAGCUGAGCAAGAUCCAGAAGAAAAAAGAGAAGAGGAAAGCGGUGAAAGGCAACAUUACACCUCUGACCGGCAGGAACUACAAGCAGCUGCUGAGCAGGCUGGAGAUCAGGAAGAAUAAACUAGAGGAGCUCAAGGACAAAGACCAGAAGAAAGCUCAGGAGCUGGAGAAUAAGAUGAAAUGGACAAACGCUCUCUAUAAGGCCGAAGGCGUGAAGAUUCGUGACAACGAGGAGCGUCUGAAAGAAGCCUUGAAGCGCAAGGAGAAGCGCAAAGCCCAGCGCAAGAAGCAGUGGGAGAAGCGGACGGAGAAGGUAGUAGAAAAGAUGCAACAGCGUCAGGAAAAGCGUCGCAAGAACAUUCAGAAGAAGAAGAAGGAGAAGAUAGAGCGCAAAAAGAACAAAGCCCGCAAGAAAGGGCGCGUGCUGCCAGAGGACUUGAAGAAAGCUGGUCUCAAGUGA